UAAAGAUUUUUCCGGAAGUUGUGUCUCUGUCUUUUUUGUUUUGACGGCGGCGCAGUAAUUCAGACACAGCGUUAUAAAGAUUAUGUGAACCGGGGAGGACAGCAAACUCAGUCCGUGGAAAUGACUCAAUGGUCAUUUACUGUAAUGGAUUGUUGGUAAAUGACACAGCAGUAGCGGAUUCAGGGACCCCGCUGUUGGAUUGCCACUUGUGCCUUUAGGAAUCAUCACAAUGACGGAGUCUAAGCCUCCUACAGGGAGGGUAAUGAAGACACGCGCCCCACCUCCCCCUUUGGCCCCUCAACCAGCUCCACGCCACAUCUUCAGAAACUCUGUACUCGAUGGGGGAGGGCCAUCAGCCAUUGAUGCCAAAGACAACACAGCAAACCCUUAUGUGACUUUCCAGCUGACCCUACCUCAGGGACGCCAGAUUUCUAUGACAGAAGAUGGAAGUAAAGCUUUGAUGGACCUGCUGGUUGAGCUCUGCAGUCGUCAUCACCUCAAUCCGGCUCUUCACACCCUGGACCUCUGGUCGUCUGAGGGCCUCCCUUUGGCGUACAAGCCCAACUCGCGUCUUGGCUCCCUGAAUGUGGCCUGUGUCCUUAUCAAGGAGAAAGUGGUGGAAGAGAAAGUGGCGCGCAGACCAGCACCCAAAGUGCCAGAGAAAACAGUACGUUUGAUGGUGAACUACCAGGUCAAUCAGAAAGCGGUGGUGCGGGUCAACCCUCUGGUCGCACUCCAAACUCUGAUACCGACCAUCUGUAGUAAGUGUGAGUUAGACCCCUCCCACGUCCUGCUCUUGAAGGACAGCGUCAGUCACCACGAGCUCCCGCUGGACAAAUCUUUGGCUGAGUUGGGGAUCAAGGAGCUGUAUGUCCAUGAUCAGAGCCUAGUUUUCCAGCCUAAAAUGGCUUCUGCCCCUGUCCUUAACUUCUCAGAUUCCAUUAGCUCCACUGCUGAUGGUUCAGGAGGACCACAGAAGAAAGGUCUAUUAGGGAUUCUCCAAUUCAGCAGGAGGAAGUCAAAGGAUCAGUCUUCCUUGUCAGGUGUUUCUACCACAGAGGAUCAUCCUGGCAUUUUGGGAAAAUCCAAAUCAGUUUCUCAUAUUCACACAAUGUCUCCCAAGACCGAGACCAAGAAGAGAAGGGCGCCACCACCUCCUGCUACUCCACCAUCCCCCAUGGUAAAUGCAAGCUCUGAAAGGUCACAGGUGGGCCUUUUUUCAGAAAGCCAACAAAAGAGGAAAAAAGCACCUCCUCCUCCUACUUUUAUUUUGCAGCAGGAUUCUGACAGCUCUCCCCCUCCUGUUCCUCAAACUUCAAAUGGCCACUCCACUGAAGCGCCAACCCCAGCCCACCGCAUCAAUGCCACACAGUCCAACGCAGGAUCUGAUGUCCCAGUGGAGCUACAAACAGUAGAGCCCGCUCCUCUCAAACAACCAGAAGAGCCUCCACUCAUGAGCGAUGCCACACCAAAUCCAAGUUCUCCAUCCCCAAGCAGCAGCAGCAAUGGCAGCCUGACCAUGCAGGAGUCCAGCUCCGAACUCUGUCAGAGCCUUGACGACUCCGACCUGGACCUGGAUGCUUCCCGCUGCAGCAGUGCCACAUCCAGCAGUUCUGUGCAGCUCCACCCAACCACACAAAGCUCCAGCAGCAAAACGGUGGCAUCGAGUAGUAGUGGGUCUGUCGUAACAAACAAAGAGGUGAACUCAGACAGCAGCUCCAAGUCGGACACAGAGUCAGCACUCAACCUAAAACUGGAUGAGGUGGAGAACAACAGACACAGCGCCGUUGAAGACGCAGAUCCACCAAUACCACCCAAACCUCCUCGUUCGUCCAGCACGGAGCCUACACAGCAUGCCCCACACCUAACCAUUUCUGUUCCCAGCACCUGCUCUCCUGUCAUUGUUUCCACAGACAGUGAAACUGUGGCUACUGUAGAGGCAGGAUCUCACCCAUCUUGGAUUUAUUCCAUGGACACUUCUUCAGUGAAGUUUCAGAGACCAGAAACAGAAGCACCCGAGGCUGAGACUCUGUCCUUGGACAGCAGCAAUGGCAGCAGCAGCUUGCCUGAUCAGGGUUAUGCAGCCUCUGAAGGAAUGGCGGAGGUGGAGGAUUCCAGCACCCUCAGUUUUUCACCUGACCAGCAAUCCACCUCAAUGGAUACAAGUUUGUCCCUGGAGGGAGGUGGUGGAGACAAAGGAGAGAAACUGCAACGAUUAAUUCAGCAGAAACAAAGGAGCAAUUCAAGUGAUAGUGAUGAGGGAUGUGCCACAUGGGGAUCAACGCACAGGCAUGGCGUCUCUACCACUUAUGGGAAAUCGGUCCAAAGUUUUGAAGAUGACCCAGAGCUCACAUACCAGCUUCAUCAAACAUUGGCAGAUUUUGAAGCAAGUCUUGCCGACCACAUGAACAUUCAUUCUGCAAAGGACUCCCAUUAUACCAUGUCCACCAACAGUAAUGAGGUGCCUGUGUCUGUGGUAGACAUAGAUGUGCCAGUCACAGCCAUAGAUGAUGUACUGCAGGACUAUGAACAUGACAUAGGAAAACAUGAACUGACAUCCUUUGACGGAGCCAAGAUAUCUAACAGAAAAGGUUCAGGCAUUCAUCACAAAUCUGAAAUGGAGACACAGAACAAAAAUAACAAUGCUUGUACAACUGCUGUCAGUACUAAAAGAAGGGACUCUAAGCCUUCUGACAAGCCUUCAUGUGAAAAAAGGGAAGAAAAUAAAAAGAUAGUGGUCAGAGAGAGGAUUAAUGAUGAUGCAAUCAGCAAGAAGGAGGAUAAACAGAAGUUGCCAGUUAAAUCUAGUACUGAUGCGCAGAAAAACAGUAAGAUGUCAGAGGUCAACCCUGAUUCUUUGCAAAAGAAUUCACAGAAAAAACUGGAUUUGCAACCUAAACUUCACAGAUCGGCUUCUCCGAGAAAAGAUGAAGAGAAACACAUAGUUUCCCAAAGCAAUUCAGCUUUAGGCAGCUCCCAGGGUAAAAUCACUCCCAACGUCACAUCGCGCUUUGGUUUGAAAACAUUCACCGUAGUCCCUCCCAAGCCCUCUGUAACACAUGCUGCUACUACAGAAUCUGCUGCCACAUUAACCAUUGGUGCCAUUAAGAUUGACGAUCAAGGAAAUAUGGUGACAGCAGGCGUCUACAGGUCUAAAGUUAGCAGGUCACCAGAGCCAGAGAACAGGGAGGUUUCCCCACUUCUUGGCCAAGCCAAAGCAUUUUGGAGCUCAAACGAAAGGCAGAAAACUUCAGUGAGUCAAAGGAAAGCUUUGACUGAUAAGGUUAAGGAGAACACCGAUGGUGCCUCCACCACUAGAGUGGGUUCCGAAGGGAGUAUCCCGGCGGACAAGAAAACAACACAAAGCACAGGUAUGAAAGCCGCAGACACAGCCCAGCCGCAAGUGCUGAUUGAAGCUAAAGAACUUGUGAAAGACGUUGGAGCUCCAAACACUGAGCGGACAGAGGCAGAGAGCAACAAUUCUCUUUUCAAAGACACGCAGAAGCUAACAAAUAACCCUUCCCCUCUCCCCCUGUUACUCCCAGACUUGAAAAGAGACCUGUCUUUUCUCAAACCAUCCAGGCGGACCUCAAGCCAAUAUGUGGCAUCUGCGAUUUCUAAGUACGCCCCGAAGACUGCAGCUAAGCCAAGCAGCAGCUCUUCUUUUCCUCUGAAAACCGAGACCACUGUCGGCUUUUCUGGAUCAGCUCAGUCCAUACAAGUGAACGCAUUCCAGUCAGAUAAUAAGGACAAUGUCAACACUUCUAGAGCCAGCUCUCCUGGUCCCAAAAGCUCUAAGAGCUGCCCAGAAGAUUCAUCAGAGAUGUGGAAAAACUUGGAAAGAGAAAGAUUUCAAAAAUAUGCUGGAUCGAGCAAAGAAAGCUCUGAUACACUGAAAAUCGAGACUGCCAAAAGAAAUCUCAUUCAGUCUAGUGGAUCCACCCAAACAACAGCAAAUGUCAACAAAAAUGGAAAUUAUGUCAAAGACAUUCGGUCCAGAAGCCCCAGCCCGGGAAAUAGCAAUUAUCUGCUCCCACCCUCCAAAACACCCACAGCGCCAAAUACUGCAGCCAAAGAACAGAUAAGUAGCUUGAAGGAGAAUGCUCAGCUGCCACCCUCAGUCACUGUAUCAGAUCGUGGAGAAGCCACUGGGCCUCCAGCAAUCACAGUGUUUGGGCCUGUGAAAAGGUUCAAACCAGUAAUCCACAAAUCUGUUGAGAAAGAGCCGUCUCUGCAUGGCAGCUUGAUGGAGGCAAUCCAGACAGGUGGAGGCAAAGACCGCCUUAAGAAGAUAUCUUCUGAAGCUAGUAACUUGAAAAGGGCGGCCUAUAAUGAAGAAGGGAAUGAAAAGUCAGCUCUUCUUGCUGCUAUUAGAGACAACAGCAACAGCAGCAGGUUGAAGAAGACCAAAUCCGAGGCCGCCAGUGAGCUUGAGCAGAUCAGGAGAUCAACUGCUGCGGAGGAAAAAAGGCCAGCCUCUCCUCCUGGCUCUUCUUCAUCUGUCCCUUCCCCACCACCUCCUCCUCCUCCUCCAACGCCAGCUGGACCCCCACCUCCACCCCCUGCUCUGCUCCAGAGAAAGCCUAGCUCAGUGGCAAAUGCUAGCGCCCCCAUGGAUCCUGCCUCGACCAGAGAGGCUAUGUUGGAGGCCAUUCGCUCGGGAUCUGCUGCUGGGAAGCUAAAAAAAGUCUCUGUGCCCACAAAGACUGUCAAAGUAAACGCCAGGCUGGGAACCAUUGAAGCAACUUUCCCGACAAAUGCUCGAUAACUCGCGGUUUCCCCCAGAUCUCCAUGAUGAGGAGUAUUUUGAGCGGGCCGCUUCUGCUGCGCACUUUUGCCACGGAUAUUUUGCAACAAACUUUUGUCAAACGUUUUUGCAUAACAGAAAGAGAGAGAGAGAGAAAAUAAUGAACAAAGAAAGAUUUUGGUGUUUCAAUAAUAUAUUGUUGUUGUUUUUUUUUUUUAUAAUGGCAAAAAAAAUACAUUUUUCUUGAAGAGGAUAUUUUUGGCUCUUACUAACCAAGCCAAAACAAUCUGAGAAAGAUGUAAAGAUUUCAUAGCUCACUCUUAAAAUAAAUUUACUGGAAAAUCUUUGUAUCCAGCUUUGACCUGGUUCCUGAAUGCCAUGUGUACCUUAAAUUAAAAAUUCAGAACACUGAACAAAAUGUGUGCCAAUGAAAGCAGAUACAUGAGAAUCUAAAAUAUGUUCAUCACAAAAUGUAACUGAUGCCUUAAACUGCUCUUCAGUCAGUGUUAUGUUUAUGAUUACUGCUAUAGGCUUUUCUGCUGUGUACAGAAGUGAUGAUUACUUUUUUUCUAAAUGUAUAUUAUUUGCUUUAACACCUUAAAGAGAAUUAAAGGGGAAAAAAGUGGAUAAACUGGAAGAUCUUGUUCAUGAUGCCAACUUGUGCUGUAAAUUGCUGAGAUGGACUAAAAAGAAGUGCGGGAUUUUAUUAAGCUUGCGUUUUUCUCAUUUGUUAUUAAAAAUAAUCUAAGAAGUAGUUUGGAAGAACUGAUUUUUUGUUCCUUUUUGCUCACCGGGAACUUAAAAACCUUUAGUUCUCUCAGCAUCUGUUAUUUCAAAGCACUGUUAUAGAUCAGCGAUUGAUUUUUCUGAAUCAUAAUGUGGGGUAGGAGAUGUUAAAGGAUUUUUGCGUAUCACUUUGCUUUUUUUUUUUAAAAAUACAAAUGACCAGCUCAAGCCCAUGCUGCCAUUACAUGGUAAACAAAAGUUAGCGUUUGUUUUUCUGUUCACACAUAAUUGUCUUUCAAAUAAAGAUGAUUUUAGUACAUCUUCUUUCAAGUUUACAUGUUUGCUAUUGCUCUAAGGUUCAUUUAGAUGAAGUGGGUUUUCAAUCAUUUGUUGUUCUUUUUUUCCCAUUAACUCUUAAAAUCUGUCAAAACUUUUCUUUUUAUUCCCUACUUUUUAAUUACAUUUCUGUAUGCUGUUUUUCAAAAGUAGUGUAAAAACUAACUAAACUAACCAAGUGAUCACCAAAAGUGUGAUUCGAGCGGCAUCCUUCUUUUUGUUUAUCUAAGUGAGAAUUAAAUGAAUCAUUUUGUAAAAACAAUACAAAUGAAAUAAAAGUAA